CGAGUCGGGUUAAAUCUCACUAGUAAUAUGUUAAUUUUAUAGGCAGCAUAUUAGAAACCCAGCUGCAAACGGCAGUAUGUGGCCAUGAAUGAAAAGACAGGCAGCAAGAAACGAAUCUCUAAAAUGACGAGUAAAUCAUUCCUGUGGGGUGUGAUAGCCGCCUCACUGACGUGGUCGAUUAGCUUGUACCUGUACUGGAAUCUGAGCAGCACGUCGUCAAACGACGGUGGCGGUGGUGUGCUACGAUUGUCCAAAACACCAACCGCAGCACCAAUAAUGAUCGAAACCGAUUCCCAUUCACACCAGCUAGUGAAGCAUCAUAACAGUCUUUUUGGAGCGUCGGACGCAAAACUUGCACAAAAAGCAUCCGGACCGCUGGAAAAGGGCAAAAGUAGUCUGUUCAAGGAAAAGUACGCCCGAUUUAUGCACGAGAAGGAGAAGCGACGCAUCAGCCACCGGUUGAUCGAUCAGCUGCAGCCGAUGCUGCCGAACGGGACGGACGAGUUUGGAAUGGUGCAAAACUCGGAGGAACAGUUUAUCCGCGAUAUCGGAUACAGGAGGCACGCGUUCAACGUGCUCGUCAGUAACAAGCUGGGCACGUUCCGACCGAUACCGGAUACGCGCCACAAAUUGUGCCAAGCGCAGAUAUACGAUAAGGUGCUGCCAGCCGCCUCGAUCGUGAUGUGUUUUUACAACGAACAUCUCGAAACGUUGGUACGUUCCGUUCACACGGUGCUGAACCGAACACCAGCGUACCUGCUAAAGGAACUCAUUCUCGUCGAUGAUUGUAGCGACUUUGAGGAGGUAGCAGCCGCCGGUGGACGGUUGGACGCUGAGCUGAAACAGUUGGGGACGGAAAAGGUGCGUCUGUUGCGGAACACCGACCGGGAAGGAUUGAUGCGGUCCCGGGUGUACGGUGCACGAAACGCUACCGGCCAGGUGCUUAUCUUUCUCGACAGCCAUAUCGAGGUGAAUGUGGACUGGAUCGAACCGUUGUUAGCGCGGAUCAAGCACGAUCGUACGAUUCUGGCGAUGCCCGUGAUCGACAUCAUUAACUCAGACACGUUCGUGUACACGGCCAGUCCAUUGGUACGGGGUGGAUUCAACUGGGGUCUACAUUUCAAGUGGGACAACCUGCCGAAGGGCAGCCUCGAGCGGGACACCGACUUUAUUGGUCCGUUCCAUUCGCCCACCAUGGCCGGAGGUCUGUUUGCGAUCGAUCGGACCUACUUCCACGAACUGGGCGAGUACGACAUGGGCAUGGACGUUUGGGGUGGUGAGAAUUUGGAAAUCUCUUUCCGUACCUGGCAGUGUGGUGGUUCGAUUGAGCUGCUGCCCUGUUCCCGGAUCGGUCACGUGUUUCGCAAGCGACGCCCGUACGGUUCACCCGACGGUCAGGAUACGAUGAUUCGUAACUCACUGCGGUUGGCGCAUGUCUGGAUGGAUGAUUACAUACGCUUGUUCUACGAGCAGCAGCCCCAAGCACGCCACGUACCGUAUGGAAACGUUAGCGAACGACAGCGGCUACGCGAACGGCUUGGUUGCAAACCGUUUCGGUGGUAUUUGGACAAUAUCUACCCGCAGCUACGCGUACCAGGCGAGAAAGUGAAUGACGAAACUAACAACGGUGAUGCUACACAGCCCAAAUUUGAACCAUGGCACUCACGCAAACGCAACUACGUGGCCAGCUUUCAGAUCCGUCUGUCCAACAGUACGCUCUGUCUUUCGACGGAGCUAGACAGUGAGAAAAGCGUUUGGAAAAAGGGUUCCCGACUAGCGCUGCAACCGUGUUUGCGCGUCAGGCAACAGAUGUGGUACGAGACGGAAAAGUCCGAACUGGUGUUGGGUCAGCUGCUGUGUCUAGAUGCACCGUCCAGCGCGACCAAAGGGCAACCGAAGCUGAACAAAUGUCACGAAAUGGGUGGCGAUCAGGCAUGGAAACACCGGAAAACGUCCGGUACACCGAUCUACAAUAUUGCUUCCGGCAGCUGUCUAACUGUGAAAGAUGCACGCAAAGGAUCUCCAGUGGGACUGGACCUUUGCGUCAGUUCCCCGCGUAGCACUUGGGAUCUAAUAAUCUCUUGAGAGAACCUACAGAACUGAUAAAAUUAC